AUGGCACUAUUCGAAGCUCAACCCCAGACUCACGUUGUCCACGGCGGAGUUCAAUGUCCUGCCCCCGAAUCAUGGUUGCCAUUUGAAUGGGAGGAACCUGGAAAAGGGAAACUGGUGCAUGGAGAAGUCAUGUUUGUCCGCCCUUUCGGGACAUCUGGAAGACUUGCCGCCGGGCUUUGGAGAGCUGGCCCGACUUCACCAGGCGGUCGACCAGACGGUUCUAACAUUGUGACCUACUCCGCCCCACUAGGACAUGAAACAGCAUGCGUGAUCGAUGGCACCGCCACCCUCACUGUCGUUGCUUCUGGGAAGACAUAUCGAGUCGGACCGGGCUCUAUCAUUAGUUCCCCUAAGGGAAUCGAGGUCGAAUGGGCAAUCGAUGGUCCUUUCUUCAAGAAAUACUGGUGCAUCUGGGAGGGCACUUCCCAAGUUCCCAACAGCGCACCGGAUUUCCAGAUCAACCACGUCAGCGACAACCCCAAAGAUUGGGUCGACUAUCACUUCACGGAACCCAAGGAGGGCCCGCAGGUUGCAGGCCAAUUGUACUUCAUCCGCACCGCAGGCUCCUCAGGAACCAUGUUGAGCGGUGUUUGGCGGUCUGGGAAAGGCAUAGCAGCAACCAAUCUCGAUGCCAAUGGCACUUUGACCACGCCCUAUACUGGCGUAUUAGGUGACGAGACCAUUCUGCUGCUGGCCGGCGAAGUUGAUGUGACGGAGACUGAGAGUGGGAAGACACACAGCUUCAGGGCAGGCGAUAUAAUUGGCCUCACCUCAGGCAUGCAUGUCACCUGGGUGUCAAAGGGUCCAUUUACCAAGAAACUUUGGGUUAUUACCAAGGAUGAAUUGCCAGCCUCCAAUUGA